UACUAUCGGAUGCAGAUUUGCAAGAAACAAAGUAGAGAAAGCACCUGCGCGAGAUUAUUAAGCGUUCAGGUGGCCGAUUUGGUAUCAUAGCAGGCCGCUUUCGAAUCCAAGAACAUGAACCAGCUGUCCGUCAAAAGCUAAAUCAAUUGAGAUCGUAGAGAAACUCUUCCUCCGCAUAGCUCUGAACUGAGCCUCUGAUGGCUAUUCCUACAGCGUUCCAGGGACUCGCGUGCUCCAUGUCGCUAGCUUCCGGUGGAACGGCCUGCACCCUGAUCAGCCGCACCUGCACCUCUGCGCCGGCCUUCGCCAACUCUUGAAUGUAUUUUUAUCGUCCAAGCCAUCUAUCAGCUUGAUCAAACAUUUGAAUCUCAUCAUGAGUCCACCGACUGUUGAGAUUAUGGCGGGAUCUCUGCUAAACGCCAACCCCGCAGAAAAGACCUACUCGACCGGAAUCCUCCUCUGUCUGAUGUUCACGUUGAUCUUAUCCAGAACAGAUGCUGUUGUUGAGAUUAUUUCAAUAAAAGGCUUAGAGCACACGCGCGAGUCUUGUGUAACAGUAAACUUGUGUAACAGUAAACAUGAUGAGCACACGCGUUAGUCUUGUGUAACAGUAAACUUGGGUAACAGUAAACAUAGUGAGCGCGUGAGUAAACUUGUGUAACAGUAAACAUGAUGAGCACACGCGUCAGUCUUGUGU